UGAGCCCUGGCUUUUUGCCAUUUUCACUGACUUUGGCUGCUCCUUGGUUGGGUUAUAUUUUACUGCCAUUGAAGUAACUUGCCUCGUCUGCGUUUUGUUGCCUCCAACUAACUAGGUAUUCACGAGUGUUGCAAGACUUUAUUUCCAAUCCUUGACCUCUCUCUCCUUGUACAAGAAACCUGUCUUCCCUUUUGCUCGUGGAGUCAUUAUCUGAAACAUUCUACUCUCCGUCGACUCAUCACCACCCACAUCCUCCCGAUCUGUCCCACUCCUGCGAGUCAGGUUCCAAUCUCAGCUUACCAACUUUCCAACCUCCCGCAGUAUCUACCUAGUCCCGCCUACUUGUCUGAUACCAUAAAUACAAUCGCUUCACCAAGAUGGUCAAAGAGACCAAAUAUUAUGAGAUCCUGGGGGUAUGUUACUCAGGUUGCCUUGAUGUCACCAACAACCAGAAAACUAACAUGCCUGUCAUCAGGUGGAUAUCACAUGCACCGAAGCCCAACUCAAGACAGCCUACAAAAAGGGUGCCUUGAAACAUCAUCCUGGUAGGUUUCUGACUGCCAAACAUAUAGUCUCAAGAAUCGUCAACUGACAUGUCACCCAUAGACAAGAACGCACAUAACCCGGACGCCGCUGAAAAGUUCAAGGAUCUGUCCAAAGCCUACGAAGUCCUCUCCGACCCUCAGAAACGUCAGAUCUACGAUCAAUAUGGAGAAGAAGGUCUUGAACAAGGUGCAGGAGGCGGUGGCAUGGCUGCCGAAGACUUGUUCGCACAAUUCUUCGGUGGUGGCUCCGCCUUUGGAGGCAUGUUCGGCGGUGGCAUGCGUGACACCGGCCCGAAGAAAGCUCGAACCAUUUCCCACGUCCACAAAGUCUCAUUAGAAGACAUCUAUCGCGGAAAGAUCUCUAAACUGGCCCUGCAGAAAUCCGUUAUUUGCGCAGCCUGCGACGGUCGUGGUGGCAAAGAAGGUGCGGUCAAGACCUGCCCUGGCUGUAACGGUGCUGGUAUGAAGACCAUGAUGCGUCAAAUGGGUCCCAUGAUCCAGCGUUUCCAGUCCAUCUGCCCGGAUUGUCAGGGUGAGGGUGAGACUAUCCGCGAACGUGAUCGAUGCAAGAAGUGCGCGGGCAAGAAGACGGUGGUGGAGCGAAAGGUGCUCCAUGUGCACGUCGACCGUGGUGUUCAGAGCGGGCAGAAGGUCGAGUUCCGCGGCGAAGGUGACCAGAUGCCGGGUGUGCUGCCCGGUGACGUCGUCUUUGAGAUUGAACAGAAGCCUCAUGCAAGAUUCCAGCGCAAACAAGACGAUCUCUUUUAUCAUGCUGAGAUUGAUCUUUUGACGGCGUUGGCUGGUGGACAGAUUUACAUCGAACAUCUUGAUGACCGGUGGCUGACCGUCAAUAUUUUCCCCGGAGAACCUAUCACGCCUGGUGCGAUCAAAGUGAUUAAGGGUCAAGGUAUGCCAUCUUAUCGUCACCACGAUUUCGGCAACCUAUACAUCCAAUUCGACGUCAAAUUCCCCGACAAGACACAACUGCAGAAUCUGGAACUGCUGGAGCAAGUUCUCCCUCCUCGAAUGGAACAAAAGCUGCCUCCUGGUGACAGCAUGGUGGAAGAUUACGACUUGGAAGACGUUGAUCCCCGCCAACAUGCUCGUGCACAUGGCGCAGCGGGCAUGAAUGACGACGACGAUGACCUACCACCUGGAACUGAGAGGAUGCAGUGUGCCUCGCAAUAAACGAACCAAUAUACGAACCAGACUGUGAUGUGUUCAACGCAACGAGAAAACGAUCGAGGAACGAAGAAGCAACAUGACUCGUUGACACACAACACGUGCCAGAACCAUUGUAUUUCGGCACUCGGAGGCGACGAGUGGUAUUAUGGGCCCUUAUUCUCCCGUGUCCCUGUGCCUCGGACAUUACACGGGAUGGGCAAUGGGCAACAGCAUUGAGGUGGCGUUGGUUUUGCACAGUGAAUACAGUCCUGGGCAUCAGGACAAAGACUGGCGUUGCAUGUUUUAGGGGUUGGUUCUGCACAAUGAUAUCCUGGGAUGCAUCCUAGCUUGUUCUAGAUUAUGACGGGGGGAUGGUCGUGAAUAGCCUGCGGCUGUGGAGCGCGGGUCGUCAUUGGUUCGAAUCGAAACCCGAACCCGUAGACAGGCAUGCUUUCCUCAUCAAGAUAGACAACGGUGGAAUCAUAUGAUUUUUUUCAACUUG